AUGCGCCUCCCGAAAACCCCCUACCCGACACCCUCGGAAAUCCGACACGCCUUCGCCCUCCUCUCCCAACGGAGCAGCUUCGGGACCUUCUUCGACGAACACGUCUCCGAGACCGUGGACUGGACGGCGAUGGGUGUGGAUUACCCGCUCGCCGGACACUGGCGCACGCGCGAGGAGUUCCUGCGCUGCGCCUACGACAAGUUGCAUUCCGUGCUGGACGACGAUGGGCUCGUUCUCGACGUCGUCGACGUGCACGGAGGCGGGAUGGAUGAGUGGGCGGUGGUGGAAUUAAGGGGGAGGGGACGGUGUCGGAAUGGUGAGCGGGCCGGGUUAUUUCGAUACUAUCUAUCUAUACGAUAUAUCGUGUCAUGCAUGUGUUGUUUGUCCGUUUUUUGUCUGGCGAGGGCUAAUUAUAAGUUGGUGUGAAUUGUUUUGUCCGCAGGGAUGGAUUUUCCAAACACUUAUGCUUGGAUCGUCAAAUUUGGGGGGGAUAGGAGGGUUGUUAGGGUUACGGCGUAUUUGGAUACGGGGCUGGUUGCUAGGGCUUUCGCGGCGAAUUCUUAG